AUGAGGGUGUAUUGUUUUGAGGCUCUCUUGGAUGUCUCCCAGAAUGGGAAAGUGAGACAAAGAUAAAUAUUUUCCACUUAACCAGACCAUUUAAAAGUGUUUAUUUGUGAUAUCAGUGGAGAAAACAUGCACAGUGAGCUCCAAAAGUAUUGGGACAGUGACGAAUAUUUUGUUGUUUUGGCUCUGUACUCCAGCACUUUGGAUUUGAAAUGAUACAAAGACUAUGACGUUAAAAUGCAGACUGUCAGCUUUAAUUUGAGGGAAUUUCCCAUUUUAGGAGACCAAAAGUAUUGGGACAAAUUCACUUAUAUGUACAGUACCAGUCAAAAGUUUGGACACACCUCCUCAUUCCAAGGUUUUUCUUUAUUUUUACUAUUUUCUACAUUGUAGAAUAACAGUGAAGACAUCAAAACUAUGACAUAACACAUAUGGAAUCUUUUAGUAACCAAAAAAGUGCUAAACAAAUCAAAAUAUAUUUUAUAUUUGAGAUUCUUCAAAGUAGCCACCCUUUGCCUUGACGACAGCUUUGCACACUCUUUGCAUUCUCUCAACCAGCUUCAUGAGGUAGUCACCUGGAAUGCAUUUCAAUUAACAUGUGUGAAUUUCUUUCCUCCUUAAUGCAUUUGAGCCAAUCAGUUGUGUUGUGACAAGAUCGGGGUGGUAUACAGAAGAUAGCCCUAUUUGGUAAAAGACCAAGUCCAUAUUAUGGCAAGAACAGCUCAAAUAAGCAAAGAGAAAUGACAGUCCAUCAUUACUUUAAGACAUGAAGGUCAGUCAAUACGGAACAUUUUAAAAACGUUGAAAGUUUCUUCAAGUGCAGUCGCAAAAAACCAUCAAGCGCUAUGAUGAACAUGGCUCUCAUGAGGACCGCCACAGGAAAGGAAGACCCAGAGUUACCUCUGCUGCAGAGGAUAAGUUCAUUAGAGUCACCAGCCUCAGAAAUUGCAGCCCAAAUAAAUGCUUCAAAGAGUUCAAGUAACUGACACAUCUCAACAUCAACUGUUCAGAGGAGACUGCGUGAAUCAGGCCUUCAUGGUCGAAUUGCUGCAAAGAAACCACUACUAAAGGACACCAAUAAGAAGAAGGGACUUCCUUGGGCCAAGAAACACGAGCAAUGGACAUUAGACCGGUGGAAAUCUGUCCUUUGGUCUGAUGAGUCCAAAUUUGAGAUUUUUGGUUCCAACCGCUUGAGAUUUUUGGUUCCAACCCUGUGGCUAGGCCACUCCAGGACCUUAAUGUGCUUCUUCUUGAGCCACUCCUUUGUUGCCUUGGCCGUAUGUUUUGGGUCAUUGUCAUGCUGGAAUACCCAUCCACGACCCAUUUUCUAUGCCCUGGCUGAGGGAAGGAGGUUCUCACCCAAGAUUUGAUGGUACAUUGCCCCGUCCAUCGUCCCUUUGAUGCGGUAAAGUUGUCCUGUCCCCUUAGCAGAAAAACACCCCCAAAGCAUAAUGUUUCCACCUCCAUGUUUGACGGUGGGGAUGGUGUUCUUGGGGUCAUAGGCAGCAUUCCUCCUCCUCCAAACACAGCGAGUUGAGUUGAUGCCAAAGAGCUCGAUUUUGGUCUCAUCUGACCACAACACUUUCACCCAGUUCUCCUCUGAAUCAUUCAGAUGUUCAUUGGCAAACUUCAGACGGCCCUGUAUAUGUGCUUUCUUGAGCAGGGGGACCUUGUUGGCGCUGCAGGAUUUCAGUCCUUCACGGCGUAGUGUGUUACCAAUUGUUUUCUUGGUGACUAUGGUCCCAGCUGCCUUGAGAUCAUUGACAAGAUCCUCCCGUGUAGUUCUGGGAUGAUUCCUCACCGUUCUCAUGAUCAUUGCAACUCCACGAGGUGAGAUAUUGCAUGGAGCCCAAGGCCGAGGGAGAUUGACAGUUAUUUUGUGUUUCUUCCAUUUGCGAAUAAUCGCACCAACUGUUGUCACCUUCUCACCAAGCUGCUUGGCGAUGGUCUUGUAGCCCAUUCCAGCCUUGUGUAGGUCUACAAUCUUGUCCCUGACAUCCUUGGAGAGCUCUUUGGUCUUGCCAUGGUGGAGAGUUUGGAAUCUGAUUGAUUGAUUGCUUCUGUGGACAGGUGUCUUUUAUACAGGUAACAAGCUGAGAUUAGGAGCACUCCCUUUAAGAGUGUGCUCCUAAUCUCAGCUCAUUACCUGUAUAAAAGACACCUGGGAGCCAGAAAUCUUUCUGAUUGAGAGGGGGUCAAGUACUUAUUUCCCUCAUUAAAAUGCAAAUCAAUUUAUAACAUUUUUGACAUGCGUUUUUCUGGAUUUGUUUGUUGUUAUUCUGUCUCUCACUGUUCAAAUAAACCUACCAUUAAAAUUAUAGACUGAUCAUUUCUUUGUCAGUGGGCAAACAUACAAAAUCAGCAGGGGAUCAAAUACUUGUUUCCCUCACUGUAUCCGCCCCCCUCCAAAAAAAAUGCUAUCCUUUCCUGUUAUUGUAAUGGUGAGAGGUUAGCAUGUCUUGGGGGUAUGAUAUUUGUGCAUCUAACUUUCUCACUCAUCAUUAUUCACGAUUCAUUCAGGAUUAUCCGUAAUCAUGGUAGCAACCACAUUAAUGUACAGUAGAAGUGUUUAGAAACAUAUUCUACUCUUAUUUACAAUGAAAGCGACUCCAAAAUGACACAAUAAUGCAUUAUUUACCAUUAAUUUCUAUUAGGUACAAAAUAAUCUGAAACACAACCAAAACAAAUGCAUCCAACCAAUUUGUAGAAUCACAAGCUUCAUGUAGUCAUUGCGUGCUAUGAAUAUGGGAACAAAUACUUAACUUUGUACUAUUUUAAUAGACAUAUAAGUGAAUUUGUCCUAAGGCUUUUGGUCCCCUAAAACGGAGGGACUAUGUACAAAAAGUGUUCUCUAAUUUCUAAACGGUUUACCUGAUAUGGAUGAACUUUAACCUCAUAGUCAUUGUAUCAUUUCACAAAACAUUGAUCACUAUCCCAAUACUUUUGGAGCUUACUCUAUAUUUGUUAUUGAAUGAACUAUCCCUUUAAUAUAGUUGACUAGUGUUGCUAUUGAGCAUAUCUUUCUAUCCAGUCUGUGUUAUCAGGUUCCUUCUAGUACAAGGAGUUUGGGCUGGCCAGGCCGACGGUCCCCAGUAACCCACUGAAGGUGGUGUCGUUGACCCAGCAGAAAGCCGUGCCUCUCCUGGAGCGACUCGUUCAGCUACUGGAGGAGAGCAAACAGCCAAGUCUCUCCCCGAGCACCUACUGCCAGCGCAUCUCUGGUACCUCAGCAUGCGUGAAGUUGCAUUUCUCAGUCUGUUUCUUUUCGGAUGAUAAGAAUAUAUUUGUCUUAGCUUUUUUGUCAAAUGUGUGUUUGUAGGUUUGUCAAUAAAACAGACGUUUGGAUUGGAGAUAUGUUCUCGUGCAUGGACCAAGUCAGUGCCGUUGUUUAAAAGGUAGGCACAAUAGACGGUGGCCCUAGUGGUUCAGAUGGCUCAGUUGGUUGGAGCAUGUUACUGGCAACACUGGUGUUGUGGGAUGUCACAGAUAUACUUAAAAAAUGUCUGCUAAAUGAUAAUUCAACUGCGGUUGCUCGUUGUUCAUAACACUGCCUUGUCUAGUAAAAAGGGAUCUAUUUUUGAUGAGUUCAUUAACAGUGAGAGAUAUCUAUGCAGGAAUCUCCACCCAUUCUCUGAGAUACCCAAUGAAGGCUCAGCCUCAGGACCAGGAUUCUAAGGGCCCCAGUGUCCCCCCAGCCCAGUCCUCCUCACACAGACAACUCACAGAAAGACUGAAAUCUCUGACAUACACUCACAACGUAAGAUGAAUUGAUUCAUUUAUUAAUUAAUUACCUUUACUUCAUCAGAGGCUCUGCUGAUCAUAUUUAUGAAGAGUCCUAAUGAUAUCCCAUUCCUUCAGAGGGCCAGCCUAUGAAAGACUCUGUUCAGACGUCAUGUCUGUGUCCCAACACUGUCAGGUAAAGAACAAUAUUGAAAUGUGGUGUUUAUUACAAAUAUGACUAGUAUUUUGUUUCCACAAUGACUGUGUGCAGAGAAAUUGUAAUCUCGUUUCAAUUCUACUCAUGUGCUUUGACAAUGUCUCCACCUUAUGGGCAACACAAUAACUGCAUAUAGUAUUUGGACAUGAAUACCAGAAGUUCCCAGACAAGAUCACAAGGAUGACUUGUUGUAAAUGUAGCCCUGAGAUAAGUUAUGAGUGUCUCAUAAUGGCAUGUAAAUGUUUAUGUGUGACCUGUUAUGUGUGGACACUAUCUGUCUGUAAUGAUGUUUCCCAUACAGAGGAAGAGUGGGAUAAACUGCUGGAGCUCUCCCCACUCUUCCAGCUGCUAAAGGGUGUGGAGAGGAAGUUGAGGGGCCCGGCGUGAAAUGCAGGACUUCUGAGGGGGGAGCUCGACGGUGGGUUACACAAUAGUCUGUAUAGUCAAACACACAUCAGGAAUGUCCUAUGAUGUGUUUGGACUGAAGAAUUGUAGAAAUUAAACAGGACCGCACACAUACGAUUGCUCCACCACAUACCACAAUUUAUAAUACCCAAACAAUGCACUAUAACAAACAAUGUACUUCUCUUGUUGAAUACUUUUAGUCACCAAAUAGUUUGUUCCAAAACCAAUAACCAAAAGACAAAGGCAAGGAUGACACUGGCAUGAGAAAGUCCCUUUGGAGGAAAACACUUUAAGAGAACAAGACCUUAGAGGGGGAGCGCAGUCUGGGUGGUCAGAAAAACCUGUGUUCUGACUAAGAACAUACUGUACCACCUCAUUAAACUAAAAGGCUUUGUGAGGGACACUUUCAGUCAGUCCUUGUUCAACACAAAUGUAAUUUGACACGGUAGCAGUUCAUAUUUGAGACCAACUCUGGCGUUCAAUAAGGAAUCAAUAAGAAGAAGAAUAUUUCAGAAACAGUAAAAGUCUAAACAGAGAAAUGGGACAGGAAGGAAGACAGAUGGGAAGCUUCAUCAUGGGACUGAUAGGCAAGAUGCUUUAUUAAUCGAGGUGAGAUUAGAUAUCAUUUUUGUGUGAAGCACUUUGAAACAAACUCAUGGUAUGCACUAUAAAAAAUAACAUAAUUCUUAGAUAAGGAUUACCAUCCACAGUGUUGGGAAGUAGUGAACUACAUAUAUUUCAACUAGUAAUUUAACUACAUUUUGCAGUAUCUUGGUAGUAGUUGAACUAAAUUCAAAUAUAGGUAGUGUUUUUAGUAGUUAAUUACUUUUUGGCAUUUAGCGGUGUAGCUAACUAAUGGAACUACGUAAUCAUUUUCUUUCUUUUUCGGCAUCAGGCCUGCGUAAUUCUCACUUGAAUCAUUGUUUUCGUGUUUAAUAGGCUAAAUUACACAUUACAGUAUGUUACCAUAUGACCCCAAAGUGAUCUGUUCUUGCAAAUUGUAGUCUGACAUUUUCAAUUUACAUUUAAAUUUUUCACUAAAUAGUUUAGAUUUCAAAGUAACAUUAGUUAAGUAAACUAUAUUUUUCUUAAGGGUAGCUUUAGUGUAGCUUAACUUCUUCCAGUGUGAAGUAAUUGGCACCUUGGUAAACUAGAUUUUUAGUGUAGCUUCCUCAACACUGACCAUCCAUCAUAAUCAAAUCACCCCACCACCAUUGGAAAAAAGCAGCUAAAGUGUCUGACAUAGCGACAUAUAACUUCUUAUCCUUCGAGGUUUCUCAACACCGUGAGUCAUUAUCCCCCUCCCUUUGGCGGUCUUUGUUUACAUUUACAUUUGAGUCAUUUAGCAGACGCUCUUAUCCAGAGCGACUUACAGUUAGUGCAUUCAUCUUAAGGUAGCUAGAUGAGACAAGCUGAGAAAACCAUAGAAAAUCCAUAGAAUCAUAAAAAUAUUAUUUUGUCAGUCGGACUAUGAAAUGAGUGAUGAAAUUGCACAACAAAAAUGCAACCAAAAGGCCAAACCGGACCACUUGUUCAGGGAAAAUCUCAACCAGCUGUGGUUGUGAAGGAACUAGAAACAUUUCUUAAUCAAAGUGAAAACAAGCAAAAGACAAAAGUAGAGAGGACAAAUUAGCCGUUGCCAAAAAGACAAUCCCCUGUUAACGACUGCUUUAGUGCUUUGGUAAUGAUUACCACAACCCUCAAUAGAACUUUACUUACUUUUAAGUCUGUGACCUAAAAUCUUUAGUUUCAAUUGUGGUAAUACACAACCUUUGAGAGUUCCUAGACUACUUGUGCUACAUGAAGUGUGAAUAGAUAACCCAGCAAACAGAAAUGGGCAACUGGAUUUAUGGAUUGUUUCUGUAUUUCAGGCAGAGGAAGCUAUUUUAUUGACUAUCUGAAUGCACAGUGGGAGUGUGAAGGAGAGCUGCUCCUUCUCGACCCAAAUACUCUUAAUCCCAUAAAGUUCCUGGUCUACCAGCAUGGACUAUUCCUACUGCAAACACUACAUACUCUCAAACUGGUUAGUCAUUCACUUUCUUUCCCACAUACUGAGAGAGGUUAGUGAUGGGUCAUAGUUCAAAGCAUUGUUCAACUCAUCUUUCCGGUCAAAAGGAGAUGAAUGAAUCAUUUAUACGUGGUCUUUACUGUCAGUGUGAAUGAUUUUUAGCACCAAUUGCCAAUACUUUUCCUCUCAUAGACUCCAGCAGUGUUACUCCAGAUAGCAACUAGUCUUCCAUCCAAUAACUACAAAUACAGCCCCUUCCAAAAUUCCUUCUUCUAUCAGGUGAUGUCCCAAUUUCCGCUGUGUGUAUGUGUGUGUGUACGUGCAUGCAUGGAUGUGUGAGUGUGAGUGUGUGUGUGUGUGUGUGCUUGUAUGAAUAAAUGAGAGAGAGCAAAAGAGAAAGAGAGGUGACAUUUAUAUUUUGGAAUAAAAUAUGCAUUGGGGAACAGUGUGCAUGUUGUACAGAAACAUGAUAAUCAACACCACUAAAAUCUUUCCCUUUAGGAUUGAACAACAGCUCUGAAUCUUGCAGUUUAGCGUCUGAUGUUUGUGAUGUUAACAUCUGUGCCACAUCUGUUUGCUGCUAACUGAUGUCGUGUGUUGGUAGGAGGCUGAGCAGACAGUGUUUGUGCGUCACCAGAGACUGCAGUCAGCCCGAGGAUUCUUUCUGCUCCUCUUCUCUGUCACACGUCGCUGUUGGGGACAUGAGCGUUGACUCCAGUCUCGCCUUCCAACGGGUGUUCUUCAAGGUGCUGCCAAACUCCACCUGUGUCCCAGAUAGCAACCUUUUUUCUACAUAGUGCACUACUCAAAGGAAGUGCACUAUAUUAGGAAAUAGGGUGUGAUUUGAGACGUAGCCUCUGUCUUAUCCCGAAAUACUGUCUGGAGAUGACAUAAUGUGUUUGUUUGUGUUUAUGUGUGUGACAAGUGUGACUGUAUCAUUACCUUUUAGUCAUUUAGCAGACGCUCUUAUCCAGAGCAACUUACAGUUAGUGCAUACAUUAUUAUAUAUAUAUUUUUUCAUACUGGCCCCCGUGGGAAUCGAACCCACAACCCUGGCGUUGCAAAUGCCAUGCUCUACCAGCUGAGCUACAUCCCUGCCGGCCAUUCCCUCUUCUACCCUGGACGACGCUGGGCCAAUUGUGCGCCGCCCCAUGGGUCUCCCGGUCGCAGCUGGCUACGACAUAGCCUGGAUUCGAACCAGGAUCUCUAGUGGCACAGCUAGCACUGCGCCACUCGGGAGGUUGGGUAGAAACGGAUAACCUGUAACAGGGAUUAGGUAAUUACAUUACAAAAAUUAAGUAACUGUAAUCAACCCAGAUGAAAUGUACAGUUUACAUUACAGUUACAUUCUUAAAAACAGCUGAUUACAUUUUGCAUGACUUCUAAUGUCAAGAUGUGAGCUGCAAGUGUUUGCCUCAAACAAUUGGAAAUGACAGAUCUUUGCAAGCUGUGCUGAGCCACACUGCUCAGAAGUGACCUUUCAGUGGGAAUGGAAGCUGUUCCGGUCUGUUUUAAUCGAUCUAUUUUCAAACCUCCAAAACGGCUUAGUUGCUUUCCACAGAAACGUUUUGCUUUACCACUCAUUCUGCCUUCUCCCAUGUACGGCUCAAUGAGUCUCAAAACCACAGUCUCAGAUUAUUGCUCACCGCUGGCCUUGUUUAAUUUUUCCCCAGAUAUGGAAAGCCAUUGAGCAAGUACUUGGUUUCGGCAUAACCAAAACUUUAAUAAACAUUUGUCUGGUUUGUUGGCCAUGUAUUGGGUAAAACGACACUGAGCUUUGGUUGGGAACAGUUGCUCAUCAACAGUUAUGUUCUCUCCUGGCUUGUAACAAGCAAUGUAAUUCUUCACAAAACUUUUCCAGGUGUCUGAGAGCGGCAGACCUGUCUGUCUGCGGUCUUGUCUCCUUGUCAUCAAAACUCAGGUGUAGCAUAAUCUCUCUAGCCAUGUUUAUACCUGGUAAAGAAUGCGUCCUUUGUCUUGAUCUUGUCCACAUUCUGAUUGUGCCCACAUAUUAUCUGUUGCAGCUACACAUGGUAUUAAGAUGUGUCUCUUACCCAUCCACUGUGUCCACAUUGUGACCAGAUUUCCCUUUAUGCAAAUAAUUUGACAGAUAUUGUUUUUCAAAAUAAAAUGUAUUAAUUUAUUUUAAGACAAAUAUUAAUGCCAUAAGUCAAUGGUGCCACCUGUGAUUCAUUAUGAUUUAUAUGGUUUCACUGUCCAGAUCCAUCUACACUACUAAUAUAUCCAGACACAAUGCAUCCCUGACUACCUCUGGAGGUGGUCAGGAAGUUUUAAUCACAAUCAGAUCACGAUGUGUCUUUUAAUCGCCUACACUUGUGGGCACAAUCAGAAUGUGGACAAGAUCAGGACAAAGGACGCAUGUUAGGACCAGGUAUAAACAGGGCUUCUGAAGCGGUUGCAUAUCUAUCAGAACAAAAUGACUCCACAUCCCUGCUCUUUCUGCUGUGUGCCCCACAGAUAUAGAGUACAAGAGUGCAAUAAAUGCUUUGAGUUCAUCCAUAUACAUGUCCCACCCACGUACUGUUUACUUUUCUGUGCGCAUGAGCGACAGUACAAUCUCUGAUGUGCUUUAACAUCUGCAUGUCACAUAAGCAAAGAAAACUGUAGAGUGCGCUGGCAGUUUGUCUCUUUGCGUGACGUAUAGGGCCUGCUCUCUCUGUGAGAAUAUUCUGGAAAGGCCAUCUUCCUGUUGCGCUCUCGUCACUCGUUUCUACCCAAAUCGUGCCAUCCGUCAGAGACUUCUGUAUCACCAUGACAGUUGGGAUAACCGUCUCAGUUGGCCCUGUUCUGGUUUUUCUGCGACGAGGCUCAGGCACCGGAGGCGGAGGCUCGAAGUCAACAUCAGAAUCAGAUGAAGACUCUUCAUCGGCAACUCUGAUUACAAGCUCAAAAUCCGAUCCUCCAUUCGACUCCAGCUCAUCUAAAUUCUGCAGUCAGGCAUUUUCAAUGCUGUCAGUGCGUCCAUUUGUUUGUUUCGGAUUACCAUUGUAAACUACACAUGUUUUAUGUUAUACUCAGUGUCGGGGGUUAUUUAAGUUUCUAAACAAAGAGGUAGGGUUUCAGACGUUUUGAAAGAUGGGUAGGUACUCCGCUGUCCUGACUUUAGGGGGAAGCUUGUUCCACCAUUUGGGGUGCCAGGACAGAGGAAAUUGGCCAAAAACGAAGUCCACAACGACAGUUACAAGUACUGCACAAUCAGACAGUUCAAACAUCACUAUUGUUCUCCUCACAGGAGGCUUGUGGUAAUGGCUGGAGCGGAAUUUGUGGAAUGGUAUCAAAUACAGUACAUCAAACACAUGGUUUCCAUGUGUUUGAUGCCAUUCCAUUUGCUCAGUUCCAGCCAUUAUUAUGAGCCGUCCUCCCCUCAAAUUCAAUUGUGAAGUCACAAGCACAAUUAUCAGUUUCUAUCUGGUUUCUAUCACCAAUUCAUCCAUUGAUGUCAUUCAUUCAGUGAGAGGAGAGACGCAUUAGCGCCUGGGUACCAACACCCUUCAGUACGUUUGCCUUGGCCCCUUAAGGUAGCAAUAGCAAAAAAAAAAUAAAGAAAGAAAAAAAGAAACUGGUAAACAGCCUCUAAAUACUUUUCUGUUUGUGAUUGUACAGUUCUGAGAACUGAGCAAUGUAAAAUAUAAAUAUUUAGGAAAAGUCAUUCAAGGAGCAAGAAGCAUAAUUUUUUUUGGCAGAUGGUUUAACGGUGGCUGCAGUUUUGGAUUUUCUGGAACCCAGAAAAUACUGAGAUUUCUGCGCAUGUGGGAUACACUAGCCUACCUCCUUUCAGUUGCUGCUCAGUGCUCAUACACUCUGUGACUCCGCUGCUGCUUGUACACAAAACAGUUUGAACAAACUUAGUUAUUUGUCUGUUGUAAAAGUAGGCUAUUGCAAACAUAAGCAUGACACAAACAGGUUGUCUAGCAAUUGUAUGUUAUUUUUUUUCAGGAGGGGAGUUACAUGCAGCUAUUUGCAUGCAGCUAUGUAGCCUACACAGCAUAUCAAACAAGCAAGACACAGACAGGCCGUCAAUAGUGAUAGACAUUGGCUAAGCGGGAGGCAGACUGCUGGCUAUAUCGCAGCAUAAUCAUCACACAAAAUGCUAAUUGUUUUGCCCCAAUGCAAUGUGUAGACUGCGUCUUGCUUGUGCUAUGGCAAUAUCCGUUACCACAGACAGCCUUCAUAUAUAUUUUUGGAACGUUUGUUCAAAUCGCAGCUGUUCAGAAAUAUGAGGCACAGACAUAGGCUACAUCAUCAUAUCGAUCAAAUUGGUUGAGGGUUCAGAAGAGGGUGAGUAAAGAGAAAAAUGUGAAUGUGUGUGUAAAAUAACACAUCCGCAGAACGUGAUUCGGAUCCUUAGAUUUGAGAAAGAAGUUUCCAGCGGGACGGGCGGGUGAGGGUGAAAACUCUGUACUCCUUAGUGCCCGUUGGCCUAUGGCGGUUCUAGUGUUAAUGCGGUGGGACUGAGGUUUUAGGGCAUAAAAGUUGUACAGCCACCUAAGACAGAAGGUGAUGGAGAGUAAUUGCUGUUGCAGAGAGGCAUAUUAUAUCCGUGCCCUACAAACAGAGAGCCCUAGAGGGCUGAAUGAAAAACGUAUGUUAGGUUGCUUCCUGUGAGCAACAGUUGUUUUUCUUUGUUUUGUAAAAAAAAAAAUUUUUGUUGUGAAGCUAGUAAAACAAGGUAUAAAACAGUAUAUCAAUAAUUUGUGUAAAUAAUGAUUGCGAAAAAAGAAAGAAGCAGUACUACAUUGAUGUCAUCUAUAUUGCCUUCAGAAAGUAUUCAUACUCCUUGACUUAUUCCAUAUUUGAUUGUGUUACAGCCUGAAUUCAAAAUGGAUUAAAUAUAUAUUUUUCUCACCCAUCUACACACAAUACCCCAUAAUGACAAAGUGAAAACGUGUUUUUAGACAUUUUUUCUAAUUUAUUGAAAAUGGAAUACAGAAAUAUCUAAUUUAAAUAAAUAUUCACACCCCUGAGUCAAUACAUGUUAGAAUCACCUUUGGCAGCGAUUAUAGCUUUGAGUCUUUCUGUGUAAGUCUCUAAGAGCUUUGCACACCUGGAUUGUACAGUAUUUGUACAUUAUUCUUUUUAAAAUUCUUCAAGCUCUGUCAAGUUGGUUGUUGAUCAUUGCUAGACAGACAUUUUCAAGUCUUGCCAUACUGUAGAUUUUCAAGCUGAUUUAAUUCAAAACUUUAACUAGGCCACUCAGGAGCAUUCAAUCGCAUUCAAUCUCUUGGCCUUGUGUUUUAGGUUAUUGUCCUGCUGAAAGGUGAAUUUGUCUCCCAGCAUCUGUUGAAAGCAGACUGAACCAAGUUCUCCUCUAACAAUUUGCCUGUGCUUAGCUCUACUCCCUAGACCUUGCAGAUGAUAAGCACACCCAUAACAUGAUGCAGCCACCACCAUGCUUGAAAAUAUGUGAGUGGUACAAUGCUUUGUCCACCCAAUCCAAGGAUCAGAGAAUGAAUCUAGUACUGAAAGCAUAAGCUACAGCUAGCUAGCACUGCAGUGCAUAAAAUGUGGUGAGUAGUUGAAUCAAAGAGAGAGAAAGACAAUAGUUUCUGAACAGUUUUGAACAAAGUAAUUUAUUCAAAAAUGAAGGAGAUGCGAGAGAGAGAUGUGCACUGAAGUCCACAAGCAAAGGGAAAAGGUGAAAGGAGGAGAGAAUGUAGAUGCGAGAAGGAAAACAACGAUCAAAGGGAUCAUGCUGUUUGUAUGUGGCUGCUAUGAAAGUGAACUGUGUUUGCGUGUGAUCAGGGGUGCAUUCAUUUGGCCGAUUCUGUUAAAAAGUUUCUUAAACUGAAGCAAAUGGAACGUAAAAUACCUGAAUUUGUCCAAUAGAAAUUCUUGUUUGCAACUGUUGGACAAAUUAUUACACUCUAGAUCAGCUAGAUGCAGGCAAGAGUGUGCAAGGCGGUAGUGAAUGUGUCAAUGUCUGUCACCUUGAUUAGUCACAUUUUUCUCGACCUGUGCACCUAUGUUGUAAACUUUAAUUCAUAGGCUAGGUUGUAGCAGCCUCAUGAUGGGUAAAGGGAAAAUUUGAGUAUCAUGUAGUAGCCUAAACCUAUCGAUGUUACAUUGAGUGGGUGAAUGGAAUAUGAAUGACAGUCAUCCAUUAUGCUGUAAUAGAAAUAAGGCCAUGCUCAUUAAAAAAAAUAGUCCUUCCUCAUCUUAAACGGCACCAACCGCCAUUGGAGCACGUCAAUUUCUCCUUCAAUUAUAACAAGCCUUAUAAUAUGUUAUGAUCAUUAGGAGAUUGUGAUAAGACAUUAUAAAGGGAUCAUACACACUCAAGACAAUUUAUAUUUAUUAUAGUUUCAUAAUGCUCUAUGACUGCAUCUAUAAGGUCCUACAGUAUGAAUAUGUUGAUGAGGCGAUAUAAGUCUUCAUGAGAAGGUUCGUCAAGUAAAGUGAUACCACAAGUUAUAAUAAUAACACAUUUUUUAAAGGCUUAUGUCACGGAUCCCCCCGGUACUGCUGCUCAUUCCGUUCACCAGUUCCCAGAGGUCUACGUCACCGGCUUUCUAGGCGUCACUGACAUGGAUCAUUACCACCAACCCCGGACUGUCUUGUCUCAUUACGCACACCUGGUUCCCAUUCCCCCUGAUUAGUAUGUGUAUAUAUGUACCCUCUGUUUCCCAUUGUCCUUGUCGAUUAUUGUCCCAUGUCCGUUGGUCUCGUGAGUAACGUGUAUUAUGCGCUUGUUAUUAUGGGUCUCGUCCCGUGUGUUGUGUAAAGGUUACACCUCACUCUUUGUUUGGGUUACAUCCCUUUUGUGUAAAACAAAUCCAGAAAAACACAUGUCAAAAAUGUUAUAAAUUGAUUUGCAUUUUAAUGAGGGAAAUAAGUAUUUGACCCCCUCUCAAUCAGAAAGAUUUCUGGCUCCCAGGUGUCUUUUAUACAGGUAACGAGCUGAGAUUAGGAGCACACUCUUAAAGGGAGUGCUCCUAAUCUCAGCUUGUUACCUGUAUAAAAGACACCUGUCCACAGAAGCAAUCAAUCAAUCAGAUUCCAAACUCUCCACCAUGGCCAACACCAAAGAGCUCUCCAACGAUGUCAGGGACAAGAUUGUAGACCUACACAAGGCUGGAAUGGGCUACAAGACCAUCGCCAAGCAGCUUGGUGAGAAGGUGACAACAGUUGGUGCGAUUAUUCGCAAAUGGAAGAAACAAAAUAACUUUCAAUCUCCCUCGGCCUGGGGCUCCAUGCAAUAUCUCACCUUGUGGAGUUGCAAUGAUCAUGAGAACGGUGAGGAAUCAGCCCAGAACUACACGGGAGGAUCUUGUCAAUGAUCUCAAGGCAGCUGGGACCAUAGUCACCAAGAAAACAAUUGGUAACACACUAUGCCGUGAAGGACUGAAAUCCUGCAGCGCCCGCAAGGUCCCCCUGCUCAAGAAAGCACAUAUACAUGGCCGUCUGAAGAACAUCUGAAUGAUUCAGAGGAGAACUGGGUGAAAGUGUUGUGGUCAGAUGAGACCAAAAUCGAGCUCUUUGGCAUCAACUCAACUCGCCGUGUUUGGAGGAGGAGGAAACAUUAUGCUUUGGGGGUGUUUUUCUGCUAAGGGGACAGGACAACUUCACCGCAUCAAAGGGACGUCAAAUCUUGGGUGAGAACCUCCUUCCCUCAGCCAGGGCAUUGAAAAUGGGUCAUGGAUGGGUAUUCCAGCAUGACAAUGGCCCAAAACACACGGCCAAGGCAACAAAGGAGUGGCUCAAGAAGAAGUACAUUAAGGUCCUGGAGUGGCCUAGCCAGUCUCCAGACCUUAAUCCCAUAGAAAAUCUGUGGAGGGAGCUGAAGGUUCGAGUUGCCAAACGUCAGCCUCGAAACCUUAAUGACUUGGAGAAGAUCUGCAAAGAGGAGUGGGAGAAAAUCCCUCCUGAGAUGUGUGCAAACCUGGUGGCCAACUACAAGAAACGUCUGACCUCUGUGUUUGCCAACAAGGGUUUUGCCACCAAGUACUAAGUCAUGUUUUGCAGAGGGAUCAAAUACUUAUUUCCCUCAUUAAAAUGCAAAUCAAUUUAUAACAUUUUUGACAUGCGUUUUUCUGGAUUUUUGUGUUGUUAUUCUGUCUCUCACUGUUCAAAUAAACCUACCAUUAAAAUUAUAGACGGAUCAUCUCUUUGUCAGUGGGCAAACGUACAAAAUCAGCAGGGGAUCAAAUACUUGUUUCCCUCACUGUAUAUAUACGUGUUUGUGUUGGGUGGAGUAAUAAAAACCCUAAUACGUGUUCCUGCACCUGUCUUCUAAUCAUUAGACAACGUGACAGCUCAUACAAUAAGUUAUAAAGCAUUAUAACGGCAGACUUCAGUAAUAUGUUACUGUGUUUCUUUCUUAGGUAUUGCAAGCAUGUCUGGGUGAGCUAUUCCAGGCCAGACUAGGGAGGUCCUCAAUGGGUAGGGAGGGUGCUGCUCCACAGAGCUCCAUGCCAUGGGACUCCCACUCCACCUCUUCCAACCCCACCUCCCUGCUGGAGAGGCUUCAGAGGCCCAGUUGGGGGCUCCUUUCACAGGAAGUAAGUACUUUCUCUCCGGGGGAUCGACGUUAGCGCAAUGUCUUGCUGGCAUUUUAUCUCAAUGAUUAUGAUAGCUAGAAACGAUCAAUAAAUCAUCUAAUGUUGCCUUUCCAAAUAAAGUGAUACCGAGUUUAUUUCUAGAUGGUGAUGGAAAACAUCUGUCACGCAUGCAUUAGCCUCAGUCAGUGAAUCUUUGGCAAUUACAAUGUUCCAUGUCUGUUUCAUGUCUUUUCCAUGAGCAGGAGGUGGAGGGACACUUGCAGAAGCACAGGGAGUGGUCGGUGUUCCUCCAUGUUGAAAGGUUGUUGAGAGAGAUGAGCUCGGGGCUCCGAACCAUGGACGUGCGUCACAAUGAU